AUGCAGGCAUUAGGCUCUUCAUUGUUCCCAAACUUUGGGCGGGAGUCGAUGGGGGAGUACGAGAGCUACUGUCUCGUCGGAGAUAACCAUAACAACAACACGUUUGGUGAUUUUCCAGUACCAAAUAUGUAUGGAGUGGUUCAUCAUCAUACCAGCUUAGUGGAUUCUUUUUCGUCUGAGGGAAAUGGAAUAGACAAGAACUCGGUUGUCAUCAAGAAGCUUAAUCACAAUGCUAAUGAGCGUAACCGUCGCAAGAAGAUCAACUCUUUGUUCACAUCUCUUCGUUCAUGUCUUCCAGGCUCGGAUGAGCCGAAAAAACUAAGUAUUCCUAAGACGGUUUCUCGGAGCGUGCAGUACAUACAGGAGCUGCAAGAGCAAGUGAAGAAGCUAGAACAAAAGAAGGAAGACCUCUCGGCGCGAGUAUCGGGUCAAAGAGAACGUUAUGGUGAGCCCCAAGCAAAGGCGGUUGCUAGUUAUGUCUCCACCGUUUUUGCGACUAAGCUAAGAGAUAACGAAGUGAUGGUCCAAAUCUCAUCGUCCAAGAUUCAUAGUUGUUCGAUAUAUAAUGUGUUGAGUGGACUAGAAGAAGAUGGGUUUGUUCUCGUGGAUGUUUCAUCUUCGAGUUCUCGAGGAGAACGACUCUUCUACACUUUGCAUCUCCAAGUGGACAAGAUUGAUAAUUACAAGCUAAUUUGCGAAGAGCUAAGUCAAAGGAUCUUGUACUUGUAUGAGGGAUGUGGAAACUCGUUUUAA